AUUGUUAAUGGCGCGGCUCACCCAAAAUCGCAGCUGCAGAGCUUCCCACCAUCUCCUACCGCUCAUCAUUGCACGCAUUUCGAUGACAAUCGUGGACGGUGCUAAAUAACGUGAUGCAGUCUAAUUCAGUACUCCGCGAAGUAGCAUCCUAAGGCGCCAGUUUUCAGAAGGAACGUAUUGCGUGUAUGCUUUUCUUCUUCGAAGAAAAAGACAGAGCGAGAUGCCUAUGGCGAUCGUUACUUUUCUGGUACUGUUGCUGUCUGUCUUUGAGCAUUCGGCCUUUGGCGAACCGUUCGACGUCCGGCAACAUCUAUCGACUGCUUCAAGAUAUGAUGCAGUGAAAGAUAUUGCUGGCCAUGCCUUUCUGCCGUCCAAUGUUCCAGAUGGGUGUAGUCCCAUCCACUUAAAUCUUGUGGCAAGGCAUGGGACUCGUUCUCCUACUAAGAAACGGAUGAGAGAGCUAGACAAUUUGGCCACACAUUUAGAAUCACUUCUAAAAGAUGUAAAAGAGCAGAAUUUGUCUUUGAAGAAAGUUCCUUCAUGGUUAUGGGGAUGGACAUCUCCUUGGAAGGGAAAGCUAAAGGGUGGGGAACUUACUGAUGCUGGAGAAGAUGAACUGUAUCAUCUAGGAAUCAGAAUUCGAGAAAGAUUUCCAGAUUUGUUUAGUGAGGAAUACCACCCAGAUGUAUUUACGAUAAAAGCAACCCAGGUCCCUCGGGCAUCAGCUAGUGCUGUGGCAUUUGGAAUGGGACUGUUCAGUGGGAGAGGAAAUCUUGGACCAGGGCAUCAGCGAGCUUUUGCUGUUAUUAGUGAGAGCCGUGCAAGUGAUAUAUUGCUCAGGUUUUUUGAUUGUUGUAAAAACUACAAGGAUUUUAGGAAAAGUCAGGAGCCUGCUGUUGAUAAGCUUAAAGAACCUAUCAUUGAUGAGAUUAAUGCUGCAUUAAAGAAGCGUUACAAGCUGAAUUUUACCAGACAGGAUACUUCUUCUCUGUGGUUUUUAUGCAAACAGGAAGCAUCCCUACUGGACAUAACUGAUCAAGCUUGUGGUCUUUUCAGCCCUUCAGAGGUUGCUUUGUUGGAGUGGACAGAUGAUUUAGAGCUAUUUAUAUUGAAGGGUUAUGGUAAAUCUCUAAACUACAAAAUGGGAGUGCCAUUGCUUAAAGAUGUUUUUGAUUCCAUGGAGCAAGCUAUUGAAGCUAAGGAAGGAAACUAUGCUCCCGGCAGUUACGAAAAGGCAAGACUUCGGUUUGCCCAUGCAGAGACUGUAGUUCCAUUCUCAUGCCUGCUUGGGCUCUUUCUGGAACAGUCUGAAUUUAAACAAAUGCAAAGAGAAAAACCGUUGCAAUACCCUCCUAAGUCCCCCCAGAAAAGAAAUUUCAGGGGCAGCAUGGUGGCACCUUUUGCAGGGAAUAACAUGUUGGUUCUAUACAGUUGUCCUCCCAACUCUUCAAGCAAAUAUUUUGUGCAAGUACUGCACAACGAACACCCCAUUCCAAUGCCGGGUUGUGACAACUCUGAUCUGUGUCCGUUCGAAGUUUUCAAGGAAAGAAUAGUCACUCCUCACAUGAACCACGAGUACGAAGCCCUCUGCAGUGUAAAGUCAGAAAAAGGGGAGCCGAAGCCAGCACCAAGUAAGUUAUCACAACUUUUCCAUUGGCUCUUCCCACAGGGGAAUGAAGAUGAUGCCCAGUCUCUCAAAUGUGACUUAUAAUUUGAUUUUCAAACAAAAGAAGGAACGAUUCUUACACUCUUGUUUUUUUUCCUCGUACGCAAUGCAUCCCUCCCCCUUCAUUCUCCUCCACAGCCAGCCCUUCCUUUCAGCCAAGUUCCAUAUUGAACUGAUCUCCAUCCCUCAUGGUGACAAUUUUUUUCUCCACAACAUGGAUUCUGAUGAUGUAGAAGCUUAGAAGGAUAUCAUAUGGGGCAUCCAUUUUAAUAUGUUUUUACAUCCUCUA